CUCGUCACACUGCUCGACUGACUCGACUCGACUCGAGUGACCCAGUCGAGUGAGGUCCAGUCCAGCAAAUUUUGGCCUUGAAGUCCGAAGAAUUGCCACAAUGACGGAGCAAAGCCGUCACAAAACCAUCGAACCCGCUUAAAUUGUCUCCACCUCUUAUCACUUUCAGUAGUAAAAGAAGAAGAAGAGUUUGGAGUCUUGGUCCUUUGACAUGGCAUCUUACACCUUGGCUUCCCCUACCAACAACGACCACUUUGAUUCCUCCACCAUGAAGCCGACGGUGUUAUUACUGCGAGGAUGGACCCCAGGACCCGUCUACGCACUGAGAAAUCGACUACAAACAGAAUUCGAUUGCGAUGUGAUCGAGCCGAAUCUCCUCAUGCCGCCAUUUUAUGGGAUAUGGUGCCUGGAUACGAACUUUUUGCUCAUGCUGCUGGUUUGUGGUGGCUUGCUGUGGAGUCUGGUGAAAGUUUGGGUCCAAUUUGAGUCCUUGGAACGGUUCACUUUCCUCGCCAUCCUUGUGGCUUUUGGAAUCUUUUGGAUUCGACUCAUGGUCGCUGUGGUGGCACGUUCCGCUAUUGCCGAUGGUGUGGAAAAAUGCCUCAAAGAAAUGCGGCGGCGAAAUGUCGUUCUCUGUGUCGGAUUCAGCUGGGGAGCCGGUGUGUUAACCGAGCUAUUAACCAAAGACAUUGGCUUGGACACUCGACCAGCAUUUGUGCUGAUGGCGCCUGUUAGCUCGGCAACGGCAAUGGCCGCCAUGAGAGAUGAUGCCGCCUUUCGGCUACGACCACUCGACAACAACGAUCUAGUACAUGUGGUACAUGCAUCACAUGACCCCGUGUUCUGCCCACAUCCAGAGAGAUGGAACAAUAUACCAGGAAUCAAGGCAUACACGCUCAGUGAUGUUCAUAUUUUCAAAAAUGCAUCCUCCAGACGAGCUUUGGAAGAGACUGUAACUGGGCUGUACAGAUUGAAAACUGAAGGGCAUCAAGAACCAUAGCUGGCUAGCUACAAAACAAAUAUUGCGGAAGCCCUGUCGACACGAUUUUGUAAUGCUGCUAUGCAGCGUGUGUUGAAGCCAUCCAGAUUUUGUAAUGCUAUAUACGGAGCGUGUGUUGAUGAGGCCAUCCAUACUAUGUCAAAAAGCCUUCGUUGCACCAGAUGGCUGAACAGUAAUUGUAUUCCAAGCUAAUCUCUUAUUUUAGAGCGUAUCAUUGGC